AGAUCCUUCCCCCCUUAAACCCUUCGAAACCUUUCAGGAGUUCGUCUCUGCAAAUGUUUACCAAUUUCAAUCUGCACAAAAGGCUUUGGAGACAGAUCUCCCGAUCACAAGUUUCAUGAGUUGCAUUGGAAUAGUAUCAACUUUCUAGCGGGAUUUGGGAAUCACGAAUGGCUUUCAGACGAUCAACGAUUAACCAUCUCUUGCGGUCGCUCGAAAGUCAAAAAUUAUCAUCGCUGCACGGAAGCUCAAGAAAUGACUCAAACAUUGAUGUGAAAGUACUCAUUCAUGGGAGGAGUAAUAUGCUUUCCUCGUGCAAGGAGCAUAGCUCGUUUCCUUGGAUUCAGGGAAGUUCUGCGACCCUUCGUUCUACAAUGGGUGCAGAGUUAUCAUUCUUUCUGAAUGAUACUAGGCUGCUAACAACGCAAGUGAAAGCACCUCCUCAAACACGACAAAUGGGGGCCUUAAAAGUGUCCAUGCAGAGUCCUGGAAUUAUCUAUGAGCCGUAUGCACCCCGCGAGCCCAUUUCAUUUUGGCGAAGAUGGUUCACAAGAAGUGGUUGGAAAAGAACAAAGGAGGAUAUGAUUCUAGAGCUCAAAAGUGCUUAUGCUAUUAAUAAAUUAAGGAAAUCUGGAUAUAACAAGCAGAAGUUUUAUCGAGAGGCGGUACAGCUAUACAAGGAGAUAAACACUUUAAUAGCCAUUGGGGACAAAACAUCUGUAAGGAAACUAGUUACAGAGAAUAUGUACUCAGGCCUUAAGAAUGAAAUUAAACAAAGAGAAUCAAAGUGGAGUAGUGUUUACUGGGAAUUGAUUGAGCCAGUGGUUAAAAUACGAACGCUGCGAGCUCGUCUGAUUGGAAUUGAUAAGAAUAACCUCAACAAAGUAUUCAUACAGCUUACUCUUGAGUUCUUGUCUAAACAGAAGUUUGAGGCAUACGAUUUAAAAGGUGCCAUCAUUAAAGGGGAUAAAACAAAAGAGGUACUUGUUCGUGACAUAUGGGUAUUCGAGAAAUCUAUGUUCCACACUGAUGCAUAUUGGCGCCUUUGUGGACGGAUAUCAUUGUAGAAUUGCUCCACAACUCAACCACAAGAACCAAUCAGCCAAGAGCAAAGCUUUAAUGAGCUGUGGCCCAAUUUGAGUGGCAGUUAUCACCAGGCAGAGGAGAUGUCUUGGUAAUUAAUGGUGCCCAUCCCCUAAAUUUGAAGAGUUUUAUUCCUCCCUUCCAUCAUAAAGAAGCUUGAAAGAUUAAUGCAGAGAACCAGAUUAGAACCAGAUUGAUAGCUUUGAAGUUUUGAGAGUUCAAUUCUUUACUAUCGCCACAAACAAAUGAUUGCAAAUGUAAUUUUGUUUAUCCCAAUACUCACUUCCAGAGUACUUCUUUUCUUUUCUU